AUGCCCCUAGGGACCCUCCUACAGGGGCAGCGGCGCCCCCAAGGAUCCUCCAAGGAGCGACGUCGCCCCCAAACGUCCUUUCCACGGACAGCAGCUCCCCCAGGGAACCUGCCAAGGACCCUCCAAGAGGUGGCGGCACCCCCAGGAACGGCAGCGCCCACAGGGACCCUCCAAGGGGCGCCAGCACGCUCAGGGACCCUACCAGGGGCGGUGGUGACCCCAGGGACCCUUCCCAGGGGCCUUCUCAGGGGCGGUGGCUUCCUCAGCAACUUUCCUAGGUGUGUUGACGCUCUCGGGACCCUCUUAGAAGCGUCGACGCCCCCAAAACCCCCCCAGAAACGGCGGCGCCCCCAGGGUGCCACCCAAUUAGGACAGAGCCCCCUGGGACCCUCCCAGCAGCAGCGGCCUCCCAGGGACUUUCUCAGGGGCAGGGAGCCCCCACCAGCCCUUCCAGAGCUGGUGGAGUUCCCAGCGGCUCUCCCAGACUCUGCGGCACCCCCAGGGAUAGCAACACCCCCAGCGACCCUCCCAGGAGCAGCAAUUCCCUCCAAAACCCUCACAUAG